GUCAUCGAAUCGAGCGAGUGGAGCGACAGCGAAACCAUCAAGCAAGGCAAGGAAGAGGAAAAACCGUAGCCAUCUUGUAAUACGUUUUCGUCGGCCUGGUUUGCACCGAUUUCGGAAGAUUUUCUUCGGUUCUUUUUCACUGCUCUCCCCCUUUGUGAAUUCUGGGUGCGUGUGUGCGUGAGUAUCGCAAGAGCCAAUAGGGGAAGAAGAAGUUAGCAAAGAAGCUGAAGCAGACGGACUUUUUCCUAUCGAGUGUGAAAUAGAAGCAGCGAGCUAGCAGGCAGGAGAUUUCCAAAUUUGCUGCAGAAAAGCGAAUUUUCGUCGGUUUUUACCAAGAAAAACACUCCCACAGAGCGGAGGUUACUCCACACCGCAGUACAGAUGGCGUUAAAAAGAAUUAACAAGGAACUACAAGACCUGGGGAGAGAUCCACCUGCACAAUGCAGUGCCGGACCAGUUGGAGAUGAUUUAUUUCACUGGCAGGCAACAAUUAUGGGACCGCCAGACAGCCCGUACCAAGGAGGUGUAUUUUUCUUAACCAUACAUUUCCCUACAGAUUAUCCAUUCAAACCACCUAAAGUGGCUUUUACAACACGCAUAUAUCACCCCAACAUAAACAGUAAUGGUUCGAUUUGCCUCGACAUUUUACGAUCUCAAUGGUCACCUGCAUUAACUAUAUCGAAAGUGUUGUUAUCAAUUUGCUCUCUGCUAUGUGAUCCCAAUCCAGACGACCCACUCGUACCAGAGAUCGCUAGAAUAUAUAAAACCGAUCGAGAAAAAUAUAAUGAACUUGCGCGGGAGUGGACAAGAAAGUAUGCUAUGUGAUGCGUUCCAGAAAAUAACCUAGAAAUCAACAAAAACAACCACAACCAGAGAACCAACAAUAACCACAACAAAAACAACAGAAAACAACAGCAACCAAUUGUAUCUGAAUUGCUACUCGUACUACUCCUUCUACUGUUGCUCCAACCUACGCCACUCAUCACUCGUAGGAUGAUUACUGAUGAUGAUGUCGAUAAUGCCGGAAAAGGAGGUGGCCAUGGCGAUAUUUUCGGUUGCAGCGACAGCAUUGUGACUCCCCAACUUUCUUCUACCAACACCUUGCAGAGUUUCCGCCACCGAUUCCUUUUCUCCGUUCGUCGUCCUUGUCGUACUCGUCUUCGUCGCCGUAAUUAUCGCCAGCAGUGGCUAGAUGGACGACCGCACCGAAGAGAUGAGCUACAGCAAAUACAACAAUAUGCAAACAAUACGUUUAACAUUAUUUAUUAAUGCAUACCAACAGAAAAAAAAACAAUGUCACGAUAAUCAGCUGGAUAACAAGGAAGCUAGAAAAAAGAUCAUGAUCUUAAAUCACUACUGCAGAAGGAAGCUGAAAACAACAACACAAGAACAGUAAAUAAAUCUAUUGAUUACUCUUAAAAAACCAUA